AUGAAGCCACAAUGGGCGUCUGCUCGCUCUGACCCUCGUACAGUUGAUCUGUCUGACGAAAUGCCGGAAUUGUUCGAGACAUAUUCCCACACUAGUUUUUAUGACUAUCUCCCUGGAAGAUACAAAGAGUUCGCGAGUACUGGUGGUCUCCAUUCGAGGGACCCUAUUGAGCAGAAGAUUGCAAUAGCACAGGGGUUUCCUAGCCGUGGUCCAAGCGAAAACUCGCCUGACAAAAGUGGUCAUUCUGCGGGUGGAGCAGUCGCUCAGAUUUUCUACGCCAUGAGCAUGUCUUGCCUCUACAACGUAGCUGAUGCUACCACCGGUUUCAAGCAAGUUCACUGCAUCACUUUUGGUACACGUCCCCUGGCGUCUGUGGCCUUGCAUGACCAGCAGCUCGGGCAGAGACCUAAACCUGGCAGAUUCUGGAGCGUUAUCAGCGAAGGCGAUCCUGUUCCUCAAGCGCAGGAGGAGUUCCUCAAGAACUUGAUCGAAGUCUACGUCCUGAAGCGUAGUGACCUAAAGAAUAGGUACCCUGGUGACGUUACAAUUCCUGGCGGGCACUUCCGCGCAAGUGGCAAGAAAGACGGUGUUGGAGCUUACACAACAUUGUCAAGUACGCUUGAGACAAAGUUGUUCGGUAAUGCCUUUGCGCACAGCUGCGAGCUGUACAAGUAGCGUUUUUCAACUGGCUCACUCAGCUUUGGUCGAGCUAGAUCUCGAAGAUGCGGAUGAUAAGGAGAUUGCCAUCAAAUUGGAGCCACUGAACUACCAAGGGGGCUGCGUCGAAUGUGGUAGACGUGAUGCGCGCUAGGAAGAAGAUGGCACUCGCAAAGGCAUGCACGGCUGGAGACGUGCAUAUGUAAGGAAUGACGCAACACAUUUCUCGAUGAACAUCUGCACUGCAAGGAGAGCAGGCAAUGUGGCUCGCAACGAUGGAGACCUUCAAGAUCG